UGCCUCGUUUACGCUCGGCCAAUCACAACACCGCGGAGGAGGAGCUCUUCUCUUUAAGAGAAAAGGGGGAAAAUUCCCUCAGUCUCAGUUGACGCUUCGUCAAGCCUCGUCUCAUUGCCGAUCAUGGCUAAAUUUGAAAGUGACUCCUCGCCCAGUGGUCCAGUCAGACGUUGUUCCACCAAUGGAUCCCGGUUUUCCAUCGACAGUUUACUCAAGACCAAACACCCAGAUUCUGAGCUGUUAGAGCGGGAACGGAGGGAUGGCAUUCCCGGUGGAAAUGACACGUUUCCUUCGGAGACGGGUAGUGGAUUGGCUGAGGCUAAUCCGGCAAUCACCGCGGCCUUGUUCCAAAGGUUCCCGUAUUCGGCCUUGAAUCGCAAUCGAGAAGAUUUUGGCGAAGGGCCUCUGAGUAUGGGCCAAUUUAACGAAAGGGUACGACAUGGACGGGAUAAUCAGACCCAGUCACCCCCGGGCAUACUGCCGUCAACUAUGAGUAUCCCUGUGGAACAACGCAUGGAGAAGGGGCCGAUGGGCAAGGAGGAUGAGUCAGGCGACGAUGAUGAUGAAUCGAAUGGCUCGGCCGAUGACCGAAAGAAAAGGCCUCGAACAGCCUUCACUGCAGCCCAGAUCAAGGCCCUGGAAUCGGAGUUCGAGAGGAACAAAUAUUUGUCCGUCUCGAAGCGGAUGCAACUCUCAAAGCAACUCAAGUUAACGGAAACACAAAUCAAGAUCUGGUUUCAAAAUCGACGAACAAAAUGGAAGAGAAAGUACACCAAUGAUUUGGAGGUCUUGGCUCAGCAAUAUUAUUCGAAUUUGGGCGUUUUCGCUCCAAGGCCCAUUUUCGUAGGAGACCGGCUCUGGCUUUUCAAUACUCCCAAUGGGACUCCAGUGCCGUUCCCAAGUCAAGGUCCCCUACCCGCCAGUGGAUCGCCGCACCAGCAGCCUCACGGCAGUCCGCCCCAUCACGGAUUAUUCCCUAUGAACUCCCCUCAACAAGCUGGAUUAGGCUGUCAUGGGACAGCGUCAGCUGCUUUAAUGCAUCAGCAUCAAGCCACUUUGUUAGCGGCGGCCGCGGCCGCUGCCCAUUCUGCCGCCUCAGAUCGGCCUUUGCCCCCUUCGUUUGAGCCCACGUCUGCGACCUCGUGUAUGUCUGGCAUCCGACCACUUUUGGGAUUGAUGCCGCAACUGGAGACCUCGCCAGGGCGACCCAGUUCUAUAACUCGCGUGUCGCCGCAAGCCGAUGACAUGAUUUCUGUCAAGGAGGAGAACUAACUGGAUUGAUGCAACGCCAUGAUGGUUGUUUUGUGGUGAUUGAUUUUUCAUGUUUGAUGAAUUUGCCUCUAUUUGAAAGAAUAAAGCACAACAUGUCGAGA